CCGAGCGGCGCAAUAAUGAGCAAGCCGUCGCCGACGCGCGAUCUGCGUGUCACGGUGGAAGGGGUCGUGUUCGAGGUCAACCGGAGCCGCAUGGCCGAGCACUGCGACUACUUUGACGCACUCUUCCGCUCCGGAAUGCGCGAGUGCCAGCGCGAUGAGCUGGAAAUAACCGGAUGCAUAACCGCCAACGGUUUCUCCAUCAUGCUGCGAGUCCUGGAUGACGGCGCCACGCCUCUCCGAGCCGACGACGUCGUCGACGCGGUGGAGGCCGCCGGCUUCCUGCAGGUGAGCGCCCUGGUCGCGUACCUGAGCGCGGCGGUAGAUUCGGACAACUGCGUCGAGAUGCUCGUCGCCGCCAGCGAGUACGGCGUUGAGCGGGCGCGCCGCUGCGCCGCUCACUUUGUGCGGGACGUGCUCGACGAGCCGCGCUUCGCGAGCAGGCUGAGCCUCCUGUCCGAGGAGCACCGGCUUCACGUGUCCGCGCUGCAGCCGAGCCGCCUGUCGGCGGUCGGCACGUAUUCCUCGUCGAACGCCUACCUGGACGACAAGUCGCGCACCGUCUGCUGCCUGGACGAAGUCCACAACCGCUGGGAGGCGGUCACGGCCCUUCCCUGCAGCGCGAGCUCCGCGCUGGCGGGUAUCGCCGUGCUAAACAACAAGCUCUACCUGGUCGGAGGGAUCCGCGGGAUGGAACGCGACCCCGUGGAGACGACCUUCUGCUACGACCCGCUCCGGAGGGUGUGGCGCGAGCUCGCCGGCCCCAACCAGCCGCGCUACAACCUCGCGCUGCUGGCCCACCGGGACCGCCUGCUGGCGAUCGGCGGCGAGCACAGCGGCAUUAAGCUGGCGACGGUGGAGAGCUUCGACGAGCGCGCCGAGGCGUGGUCGCCCUGCGCGCCGCUCCCCCAGGCGGCCGCCGGGGCGGCUUGCGCCACGACGCUGGGCCGCGCCUUCGUGUGCCUGUGGAAGCCGCUCGACACCACCACCAUCUCGGAGCUGGACGCGGACGGAGAGGCCUGGCGCCGCCUGGCCACGCUCGUCAAGCCGCACAGCUACGGCCACUGCAUGGUGGCCCACAGGGACAACCUCUACGUGAUCCGCAACGGGCCCUACGACGACUUCCUGCACUGCGCCAUCGACCGCUACAACAUCAGCAGCGCGGCGUGGACGACGCUGGCCGGGCAGUACAUGAACAGCAAGGGCACGCUGUUCUGCUCGGUCGUGAAGGGCGACCGAGUGUUCACGCUCAACCGCAUGAUUGCGAUGCCCUACGCCAUCGAGGCGGAACGCUGGAAGCCUCUCCCUGCGUUUGCUGGGUUCCCCAGAGGUGGAACCCUGCACACGUUCCUGCUGAGGUUGUAAAUAGAGACACAGAGACUGUGAGCGAGAAACUGUGUGCGAGACACCGAGACACCAAGACCGUGAGCGAGACAACCCUCGACGGGCGGCGGAGUCCACAGUUCCGCCUUUCCUCCACGUUGGCCACACACGUGUGUGGGCUUCACAGGGGAUGCCAGGUGUGUGACCCAGGCUUCGUCCUUUGAUGGCCGGUGCCUCCCUGUGCGUUCCUCGGAGCCGGCUCCCCCUGUGCACACUCCGGGUGACCUGCCUUCUCCUCCUGCUGCUGCUGCUCCUCCUCUUGCUGCUGCUGAGCUACUCACCGGCCGUGGAGCAAGCGCCUCGCCAAGUGCUGCUCGCACAUUCGGAAGACGAACGGCGCCGCGGUUUAGACCCCCUUCCUCGCCACGCACUUAUUCUCUCUCGCUUUCGGUUCUCUCGAUUAGCCGCUGUUUAUUUCUCCUUAGUUUUGCUACCCCUUGGCCAGUGGUAUGUAUAGUGAUGUGCAGUGCCUUGCGUACCGAGUUGAAAGGCACUUUGGGAAAUGUAAUGUAUUAUUUAAUAAAGCAUAAAGGAAUUGCCAAAGCCAUAAUAGAGCUGGAACAGAUACACUGACGGUACAUCACUUCAAACGACACAAAGCUUAAUAGAAUAUAUGCUUUGACAGGCUGCUGUUAUGGGGGACAUGAGAUGUUUGUCCUUAAUAUUGCAUUUGGGAAAUAAGAGGCAAACAUACGUAAAUGGACAAAACAUUAACCAGCUCAGAUUUGCUGACACGAUCCGUUUGCAGGAAAUAAUUGAUUGUGAAGUUGGACUCAGGAUGAAUGGAUAUGUUUAUCUGGUUAUCUUGAAUCCAACACUGCACCCUUUGUUUUGUAAAAGCCACGAAUAUUACUUUUUCUAAUAAAAAUAAAAUAACGGUUGGACACAGGCGGUUACACAAAAUAAGCCGUGUUCCUGGGGCGAUUGCUGAUUGCAAAUGUUGGCAAACGUUCUGCAAACCACAUGCCAACGUUGUCCCAGAGAUCACGUGGUUAUUCGGAGAGUUCUAAGAAUAAUAGGUGUUAUCCUUUCUGGCAAUAAAACAGGUGUUAAGAUGUUAAAACACCAAACAGAAAGCUUUUGCAAGGAAUAAUGUCUGCAUUAACCACAUAUACCUGUGGUGAGCAUGCAAACAAAAAACAUUGUCCGGUAAUAUAAGCUCGCAUUGCCCCGACAGUGCAUUGCCUUUGUGCUGUUCGCCUUUUGGCGUCCUCUGGUCUA